AUGAGCGCCACGUGGACAGAGAACAACACUCUUCGGAGCGCCCACUCCGUUGUGUUUGCCAAACUUCUCCCCUGGUCGUACUUCGUGCCAACUACGCAGGGUAUCGUGGCAGGCAAUGGAGGAGAGAAAGGGAGGGAGCCGGCCAAGUGGCUCGACCACGAGAGGAACACGGGUGGAGCAGAUGGAUGUACUGGUGAUCGCCAGUGUGCUCGCACCCUCAGCGCGUUGAUGACACCGCCUCUGCAUGUCAUCAUACCUGCUGUCAUUGAUCACUCCAACAUCGACCACAUCAGCUCGCCUUCAUACGGUCCCGCUACGGCCUGCCACUACCUUUCUCUGCUGUUCCUACCGCCAAAUCAUGGUCAUUUAUCUCGGGUAGGGAUUCUCGCGCAACUGUCGGUGGAGAUAAUGUCACGGUGUCAAUGUUUGGGUCAGACUAGACAGGAUGGAGGCCAACAGGGAGACAAAGCGCCAUGA